AUUCAAACGGCUGCAUAUUACUCAUUUGUGGUACUCAGUUAAUGGGAAGCGUAUUGUUUAGAUCAAUAUUAUAAAUGAGCCCGUCUUGAAAAUGAGCAAAAUGAACAAAGAGAACACAGCAUCGCGAUUACCGGUCAUCUCCGCGAAGAGAGCGCUCACCAGCAGCACGGAAAGCUGCGGUGAUGCGCAGCCUGCGCAGAAGAGGAUGCGCAGAGUGGACUCGGACCCUGUGAAGCUGAAGCAGGCCGUCAGUGUGGUGGGCACGGUCGGCGCACGCCGGCCCGCACCUGCCCCCGCACCCCAGCGCCACACAGUCAAGCCCCUUCGGCCCACUGGUGCAGCGACUGUUGCUGCAGGCCCUUCAAAAGUUGUCCAAAAACGGCCAAUUGCCUCUGUCCCAAAGCCAGCAGUCCCAGCGGCUAAUGGUGGUAGCCGACGGCCGGCCUGGGAUUUGAAGGGCAAAGUGAGCGACAUGGAAACCAAGGUGCAAGUCUAUCAGAACCGCAUGAAAACGGCCAAUCAGGAGAACCAGGAGCUGAAGGAGGCCGUGGUCAGGGGGAAGGAACGAGAGGAGCAAAUUGAGGAGGAGAUGCAUGCCUUGCAACAAAAGCUGAGCCAGCACGAGAGGGAGCUGGCUGCUCUGUGCAAGGUCAGAGACGAACUGGACGAGGUCACCCGAGACAGGGCCACUCUUCAGAGGAAAUACACUACUCUCAACGAGGAGCACAGAGUGAACCUGGAGCUGAAGCAGACGCUGGAGUCCGAGCUCCACAACGUGCAGACGCAGCUGACCGUGCAGGGCUCCGUGCUCUCGCGCUGCCAGACCAGCCUGAGGGAGACGCAGGAGACGGUCCGGGCCCUGGAGGAGAAGGUGGCUCAGCAGGCAGAGGAGCUGCACCACGGGGAGAUGGAGCGCAGGAAGCUCCACAACACCAUCCAGGAACUGAAAGGAAAUAUAAGAGUGUUUUGCAGAGUGCGCCCCCUGUUGACUGGAGACCAGUCCAUGGACCACAUUGAGUUUCCGGCCCAUGAUAACAAGGCUCUGAAAUUGGCAAAGACUGAAGAGUCUCACACAGGCCGUAACGGAGACAUGCAGAAGAGCUACAGCUUCAGCUUCGACCGGGUGUUCGGGCCCAAGGCCUCGCAGAGCGAGGUGUUCGAAGAGAUCUCCCUGCUGGUGCAGUCCGCCCUGGAUGGCUACAACGUGUGCUGCUUCGCGUACGGUCAGACGGGCAGCGGGAAGACGCACACCAUGGAGGGGGGCGAGCUGGAGGACACGAGGGGCAUGAUCCCCCGGGCGGUGCAGCAGAUCUUCCGCACCGCCCGCACCCUGAAGGAGCACAGCUGGCAGUACACGUUUGUGGCCAGCUUUGUGGAGAUCUACAAUGAGACCCUGCGGGAUCUCCUGUACACGGGCAAGCCCAACAAACGGCCCGAACACGAGAUCAAGAAAACGUCCAACUCGGAAAUUACUGUCACCAACCUGACGUAUCAGAAGGUCACCUCAGAGGAUGAGGUGUGUAAUCUGAUCUUGCUGGCGAACCAGAAUCGUUCGACCGCCAGGACUAACAUGAACGACCACUCAUCGCGUUCUCAUUCAGUAUUUCAGCUGGACAUUGAGGGCGAGAACGUGGACAGAGGGGUCAAGUGCAAGUCCUCCCUGUGUCUGGUGGACCUCGCGGGCAGCGAGAGGGUGCAGAAGAGCCAGUCCCAGGGCGAGAGGUUUAAGGAGAUGACUGCCAUAAACACCUCCCUCACCAACCUGGGGAUCGUCAUCACAGCGCUGGCCAACAAGGAGAGCUUUAUCCCUUACCGUAACUCCAAGCUGACUUAUCUGCUCCAGAACUGCCUGGGUGGAAACAGCAAGACCCUCAUGUUUGUCAACGUUUCCCCGGAAGCGGAGAGCUUUGGCGAGUCCCUCAACUCUCUUCGGUUUGCCAGCAAGGUCAAUGAUUGUGUAAUUGGGACUGCCUCCGCCAACAGAAAAUGAUGCAGCUUCACUUCAAAAA